GCCCGGGGUACGGUAGCUCGUCCUUCAGCGUUACUCCUCAUCGACGCCCGCGGGCGAUGUGCCCACCCGCCGGGAUAGCAACGGGUGGACAAGGCGUACGAUGCUUAGGGAUGCUUGGACGAACGACGGUGGGAAAGGCUGGUGGCGAUGGUGGUCCAGGUUGGGCGGAUUGCUGGCGAUGGCGGCGGCUAUAUCCUGUCUCGUUGCCUCGUUUCCGGGCGCCUCGGCCAAUCCGGAAGCGAAGCGUCUCUACGAUGACCUGCUGUCGAACUACAACCGCCUCAUCCGCCCCGUUGGCAACAACAGCGAUCGCCUCACUGUCAAAAUGGGACUACGCCUCUCCCAGCUCAUCGACGUUAACUUGAAGAACCAAAUCAUGACGACAAACGUUUGGGUGGAACAAGAGUGGAACGACUACAAGCUGAAGUGGAACCCGGACGACUAUGGCGGUGUCGAUACCCUUCAUGUACCAUCGGAACACAUUUGGCUGCCGGACAUUGUUCUUUACAACAAUGCCGAUGGGAAUUACGAGGUGACCAUCAUGACCAAAGCCAUUUUGCACCACACCGGGAAAGUCGUUUGGAAGCCACCGGCGAUCUAUAAAUCAUUUUGCGAGAUCGACGUGGAGUACUUCCCCUUUGACCAGCAGACAUGCGUUAUGAAGUUUGGUUCGUGGACUUACGACGGUUACACGGUCGACCUGCGGCAUCUCGCCCAGACCGAGGACUCGAAUGAGAUCGCCGUCGGGAUCGACCUGACCGACUAUUAUAUCUCCGUCGAGUGGGACAUAAUAAAAGUGCCUGCCACGAGAAACGAGGCGUACUACAUAUGUUGCGAGGAGCCCUACCCCGACAUCGUGUUCAACAUCACCCUGCGCCGCAAGACCCUCUUCUACACGGUGAACCUGAUAAUACCGUGCGUGGGCAUAUCCUUCCUGUCGGUGCUGGUGUUCUACCUGCCGAGCGACAGCGGCGAGAAGGUCUCCCUGUCGAUCUCGAUACUCCUCUCGUUGACGGUGUUCUUCCUGCUGCUGGCCGAGAUAAUACCGCCCACGUCGCUGACGGUGCCGCUGCUGGGCAAGUACCUGCUCUUCACGAUGGUGCUGGUGACGCUGUCGGUGGUCGUCACGAUCGCCGUGCUGAACGUGAACUUCCGCUCGCCCGUCACCCACCGCAUGGCCAGGUGGGUGAAGGUGGUGUUCAUCCAGGUGCUGCCGCGGUUCCUCUUAAUCAAACGACCGAAGAAAGACGAGGACGAUGACGAGGAAGACGGCAGGGACGCCGCCGGCAUCGGCAACGGCGGCGAGAUCGAUAACGACGGCGUCGACGACGACGAGGACGACGACGAGGACGAUGUCGAGACGGCGAACGGCAAGCCGCCCGAGGGCAUCCUCACCGAUGUGUUCCAUGUACAAGAGACUGAUAAGUACGAUCCGUACUACGGCAAGCGGUUCAGCGGGGAGUACGAGGUGCCGCCGCACGGCCUGCCACCGGCGGCGACCAGGUACGACCUCGGCGCCGUCGGCACCGUCGGACCCUGCUUCGGGGAGCCACUACCCUCGCUGCCACUGCCCGGGGCGGACGACGACCUCUUCGGCCCGGCUAGUCCCGGCUAUCCUCACGAGGACGUCAGCCCCACGUUCGAGAAGCCGUUGGUACGCGAGAUCGAGAAGACCAUCGACGACGCCCGCUUCAUCGCCCAGCACGCCAAGAACAAGGACAAAUUUGAGAGCGUCGAGGAGGACUGGAAGUACGUAGGGAUGGUGCUCGAUCGGAUCUUCCUGUGGGUCUUCACGUUGGCCUGCGUGAUCGGCACGAUGCUGAUCAUCUUGCAGGCGCCGAGCCUCUACGACACCACGAAGCCGAUCGACAUCAAGUACAGCAAGAUCGCCAAGAAAAAGAUGAUGUUGUUGAACUUGGCAAUCGAGGAGGACUAG